GUUUUCCACAUUUUGCCGAUUUGUUCCAUAUAAUGAGAGGUAGUGUUCCUCUUUUUCAAGAUGGAAGUUUGGGAGCUAUGCCUACAGACAACAAUUCUAAAAAUACUUCAAUAAUUAACUGAGCAAAUCUCCUGUUUUGGCUGCCCUUGAUAGUAUGUGAAGGCCUUUCAGCAGAGCACUUAUGCUUCUGUUUGGAAAAAGGAAAUGUACAAGAUUUAAAAACAGUCAUCCUGCAGUACAUCAUGCCUCACUGUCUUGCCUAUGCAUGUGCAACACACACUGGGUGACUUGAGGAAGGUGUGUCCAUACAUGCCUUCCCCAGGGAUGUUCACCUUUGCACUGUGUGGGUGAGUCGAUGUGGAACCGAUGUGGGCCACAUCCCGACUUUUGUCAAAGAAGUGAUGGGCAGUAAGAGAGCAAAGUAUUACCUGUGCUCUAAGCAUUUUAAUGACUCCAUGUUUGAAGGCAACUUCAUGAAACAACUUCUUCCUCCAAAUUUUAUGAAACGUCAGACUCGCCAACGCCUCAAGAAAAAUGCACUGCCAACCAAGUUCAGUCAUACACAGAAUAAAGAAAGAUCAUCAUCCAGUCUACGUAUUGCAGCACAGGAACGGAAAAAGCUCCUGGAUGAGUUACUGUCGACACAGCCAAGUACAUCGGACACAGUAAUGCAGGAAAUGGAUGAUAACCAUGCUCAGACAGAGCUACUGCUCCAGGACAAGGUAAAGGACAUGAUGAAGGAAGUGGAAGUCACAGUUGGCAAUAAUGUUGAUGCACCAGUAUUCCACGAAGAGACAAUCGGCUUCCAGAUGGAGAUCAGCAUUAAUGACAGUGAAUGUGUACAGGAAUUGAGAAAGCAAAUGCCCAUGUCACUAGGAAGAGAGGUCACUUACAAGAACAGAUACUGGACAGACUUUGCUUUGCUUGCAUUCCAAUUUGCUCUUGCAUGGAAAUAUGGAGGCACCUUUAUCGGCACCAGAUACAUAUCUAUGAAUCCCAUUUUGGAGCAAGACUUUGUGCUACAGAAAAAAGAUUUAUUGAUUAGUAAUAAAGUGUUUGGAUUUACAGCUCAUAACCAGUUUGUAUGGAAUUGUAUGGAAGACUUGAUUUUGCAUUAUGACAGAGCUGUAUGGGGACAGCAUUCUCCGAAUGUGCUUACCCGAGAGGUGAAUAUUCUCUGUGAUAAGUCAGCAGUCUACUUACAUAAUCGUCAGGACUCCCUUUGUGAUGCCUAUAAUAUAAAGUUAUUCCAUCAUUUAGAUUUCUGUUCCAUUUCAUACAAAACAUCAAAUCUUCUAAAUCACAGUGUUACCAAUUCUUUCCAAAAUCAAACCGAAAAUGAUGAUAGACAGCAUAGUACUUUACCUGUAUUGAACAAAUGGGAAGAUUUGUGCCUAAAAGAGUAUAGCCCUAUUUUUUACAGGGUAUUUAUGAGGAAAAAAAGAAACUGAUUACCUUUGAUUAUCAAACAUACAAUUAUUUUUGAAUGUCCAAAGAAAUAUUGCUCAGGAAUACUUAUUUUUUUAUCAUCUGCUAUAGUACAUUGUAAAAUACAUACGUGAAAAUGGUGAGUCAUGUUAUUAAGUAUGUAUCAAAUCUUUUCCAUGCUCAGAGUCCUUCCAAACACUGAGCUUAUCACAGAUUAAUUUAUAAACAGAUUCAGACAGCUCUUCCAUCACAGUUAUAAAUUUGGACUUUACAAUGAAUGGAAAACUAAAACUUUGCCCUAAAGUUAAAAUGGAACCAAAUAAUAAAUAACACAUUAUUAAA